AUGGCCGCCUCAAUUAGCGGCCAGGAGCCGGGCCGAGUCUCCGGGCAGGCAAAAAUAGACAUUUUGCUAGUUGGAAAUGGCGCUGUUCAGCCCCUGGCCGACGCGGUGCAGAAGUUCUUUUCAAAUCUAGCGGACGUCACCAUCACUGUGGGUGACAUGCAGGGGGCAGCGGAGCUCCUUGCUGAGCAGGACUUCCACCUGGUGUUCCUGAGGAUGACGUCAUCACCGGCCGCUGGGGAGUGGGAAGCGGCCAGGUCCCUUGGAUUCGGCCGGAAGAAAAACACACGUUUUCUGUUUGUUUUUAUAAUUCCUGAAAAUUUUAAAGGCUGUGUUUCAGGGCUCGGGGCGGAUGUUGCCAUCACUGAGCCCCUGACGACGGAGAAACUCGGCAUCGUGGGAAAACACUGGAGGACACAUUUCGCACACACGGUGAAGAGUGAGAAUUCCGAGGCGGAGGAAGAGUGCGGGCUGCCCCUGCGAGAGUCCUGCUCUGAACCCCGGGGGCGCUUCUCCACCGACCGAUUCGCUUGUUCUGAGUCUCUAAGAAGUGACAUUGGACUGGAAUUGAAGGGGCCGCUGUCUGAUUUCGAAAGAAGCAAAAGGAUUUCUCUUCUUCAUUCAAGCAAGGAAAAGCUGAGAAGGGAGCGCAUCAAGCACAGCUGUGAACAGCUGCGGGCCCUGGUGCCCAGAGGCAAGGGCAGGAAGAGCGACGCGGCCUCCGUCCUCGAGGCCACGGUGGAGCACGUGAAGCGCGUCCGCGACCGCAUCCCUCCAGCCGUCCUGGGCCAGAUUACGGAGGUGCUGCAGAGCAACAGCAGGUUCUGUAGGAGACAAGCGCCCUUCCAGCUCCCGCUCCCCGGCCCGGCCAAGGCGCCAAGGGAAAAGAGUGUAUUGGCCAGCACACACCCGCCAGUGAGAGAAAUCAGUUUCCCGGCUAAUAGGUGCUUGAAUGUGUGCCCUGCCCCAGCCUCUGGGGGCCCCUCUGAUGGCACCGUGAGAGGUCUGCCAAGCCCCCACCCAGAGAAGGCUGCUGGCGAGGUGCAUCAAGGCCACGCUCCUGGCCCAGUGCUGUCCCUUAGCUCCUUCCACGCCAUCAGGUACGGUCCCACAGUUGUCCCCACCUGGGACACGGCUGCCACAGCCAAUCAGAGCACAUCGGGGCCGCUGCCGGCUCCUGGGCCCAGAGCCUCCACGUGCCCCCCUCCACACUGCAGCUCCGCGCUGGGCCAGGCCUGCGCAGCGCCACCCGCCUGUCUGCCAGCGCGGCCCCUGACGUGCGCUCGUCUGCGAGUGCUCCGGUCAGAAUCCUCUCACAUAGUCAUCGUGGCUAACGCGUUUUGA